GAGAUUGGAUAGACUGAGGCCGGAAGCUGGAAUGGCCUAGGAGCACAGGUGACAAAUACCUGUCGCCUUUGAAUUUCAGGGCAGAACACCAAGACAAGCAACAGCAGGAGGAUCAGCUGCUGCAGCAGCCGCGGCGGCCCACGUGUCUUUCUCUGCCCAGAAGGCCAGAUGCCCGCUCUGCAACCAGAACCAACACACUGAGGCAAGGGCUGCGGGACGGAAACCAGGAACCGGUCUUCCCAACAGGACUCGGCUUCUGGGUUAUGCCCGUUUCCAGCGUCUCUGAAUAAGCUGCACAGGCAAGAUCACAACCAGGAGGAACAUCACCUUUCCUUAGUCCAUCGCCCAAAGGAAAUCUAAACCGCUCUGCCAGGUGUAUGGGACUUUAACUUCGCGAAGCACCGCACUAAACUGUUUAAGCACGUAAACUAUGACCACUUUACUCUUAGUGUUUGUGAGUUUGCGAGUCAUCACUGCAGCCAUUUCUGUGGAAGCGUCAGACCAUGUCAGCGAGCUGAGCGUGAGCAUCCCGGUGCCGUCCCCACUCCGGAUCUCCCUGGGCCACCCCCUCUCGAUCCCCUGCUACUUCAUCGACUCCCUGCACCCCGUGACCACGGCCCCCUCCACACCCCCGCUCUCACCCCGGGUCAAGUGGAGCCACCUGGCGGGCGGGCAGGAGGUGGUCCUGCUGGUGGCCACUGAAGGGCAUGUGCGGGUCAACGGUGCCUACCAGGAUCGCGUCUCCUUGCCCAACUACCCGGCCAUCCCUGGCGAUGCCACCCUGGAGCUCCAGAGCCUCCGCUCCAACGACUCAGGGACGUAUCGCUGCGAGGUCGUCCAUGGCAUCGAGGAUAGCAAGGCCACGCUGGAGGUCCUGGUGAAAGGCAUCGUGUUCCACUACAGAGCCAUCUCCACUCGCUACACCCUGGACUUCGAGACGGCCCAGCAGGCCUGCCUGCAGAAUGAUGCCGUCAUAGCCACCCCUGAGCAGCUGCAGGCAGCUUACGAUGACGGCUUCCACCAAUGCGACGCUGGUUGGCUGGCCGACCAGACCGUCAGGUACCCUAUCCACAGCCCCCGUGAGGAGUGCUACGGGGACAAGGAUGAGUUCCCUGGCGUGAGGACCUAUGGCAUCCGAGACACCAACGAGACCUAUGACGUCUAUUGCUUUGCAGAGGAGAUGAAAGGGCAAGUGUUCUAUGCCACGAGGGAGGAGAAGUUCACCUUCCAGGAGGCGGCUGAGGAGUGUCGGCGGCAGGGAGCCCGGCUGGCCACGACGGGGCAGCUUUACCUGGCCUGGCAGGGUGGGCUGGACGUGUGCAGUGCUGGCUGGCUGGCCGACCGCAGCGUGCGCUACCCCAUCACCAAGCCGCGGCCCACCUGUGGGGGCAACCUGGUGGGAGUGAGGACCGUGUACCUGCACACCAACCAGACGGGCUACCCCGACCCCUCCUCCCGCUAUGAUGCCGCCUGCUAUAUGGGCGACGACUUGGUUAGCCCGGAGAACUUCACUGAAGGGACUGGAGAAGAGGAGGAUGUCACGGUCCUGAUGCCAUUCCGGCCUGAGGUGGAGAUACACUUGAUUCCCAAUGUCACAGAAGAGAAAGAGGCCCAGGGUAACGUGGUCACCCUGGAGCCUGUGGACAUCACCCCUACUGGCCCGGCACCCAGCGGGGACUUCACGGAGGCCCUUGGAACGGUCUUCUCGGAACUAGAGAACAGGACGAAAGAAGCCCCCACCCCAUGGGCCACCCCCGAGGAAGUCACGGCAUCCGGUGCCCCCUCUGCCACAUCUGGGCUGGACACCGCCGUGGCCUUCACAGAGGAGGACCUGAUUGUGGGUGCAACAAUGGGCCCUGGAGCCGCCCCAACCCCCAGGGAGCCCCUCCCACCCACCGGCGUUGUGUUCCACUACCGGCCAACCUCCUUCCGCUAUGCCCUCACCUAUGAGGAGGCCCAGCGAGCCUGCCUGGCCACGGGGGCAGUCAUUGCCACACCAGAACAGCUCCAGGCGGCCUAUGAGGCCGGCUAUGAGCAGUGCGACGCUGGCUGGCUGCGAGAUCAGACAGUCAGGUACCCCAUCGUCAACCCCCGGAAUCAGUGUGUGGGCAACAAGAACAGCAGCCCAGGAGUCAGGACCUAUGGGCUCAGGCCCCCAUCUGAGACCUACGAUGUGUACUGCUACAUUGACUGGCUGCGGGGUGAAGUGUUCCUUGCCACCCGCCCUGAGCAGUUCACCUUCCUGGAAGCCCUGGCCUACUGCAGAGAGCACAAUGCCACCCUGGCCUCCACGGGGCACCUCCACGCCGCUUGGCGCCAGGGCCUGGACCAGUGCCAGGCAGGCUGGCUGGCUGAUGGCAGCGUCCGCUACCCCAUCGUUACCCCUCGUCCUGCCUGUGGGGGAGACAAGCCCGGCGUCAGGACGGUCUACCUGCACCCCAACCAGACAGGACUGCCCCACCCUCUGUCCCGCUACCAAGCCUUCUGCUUCCGAGCUGUGCCCACUCUGGAGGAGGUUGAAGGGGUCACCGCACCAUCCUACCUGGAAGAGGACCUUAUCACCCCCGAGGUGUUCCCAGGAGUGGAGGGCAUCCCAUCGGGAGAGGAGACAACUGUGGCAUUAGCCUUUACCACUGGACCGGCAAAUCAGACAGAGUGGGCCCCAGAGUUCUUCCCAACAGACACAUCCCUACUCUCAGCAAGUCCAUCGGCCUGGCCACCCACCAGCAUGGCACCAGAAGGCAGCGGGCAGCCCUCUGCCGGUGGUGCUUCGGCCUUGGGGUCCGGCCUGGAGCCCAGCAGCGGGGAGGCCUCAGCAUCUGGAGAGGCAUCGGGUGCCCCUGAGGCCAGUGAAGAUGUUGUGUCCGGAGAGGUGUCUGGAGAAUUGGAAGUCAGUGGGCAGCCCUCGGGAAGCAGCGUGGGAGGGCUGCCCUCCGGAGACCUGGAGGCCAGUGGCGAGCCCUCCUCUGGCACGGGGUCUGGCCUGCCCAGUGGGAGCGGCUUGGCUUCCGGGGACGUAGAUGUCAGUGGGUGGCCCUCGGGGGUCCCGGAGCUCGGAGGGUUGCCAUCCGGGGAGGGAAGCCUUUUGGGGUCAGCUUCGGGAUCCGGGGACCUGGGCGGCCUGCCUUCUGGACAGCUCGGGAGUGGCCUCGCUCCAGAAGUGAGCGGUCUGCCCUCUGGAAUGAGUGGCGAACUCUCUGGGGAUGACUUUGGGAGCAGCCCCUCCUCUGGCCUGCCCGAUUUCAGUGGGUUUCCCUCUGGGUUUCCAACUGUCUCUCUGGUGAACACCACCUUGGUCGAGAUUGUCACGGCCACCGCUGCAAGUGAACUGGAGGGGCAGGGGAGGGUAGGAGAGGCAUCGGGAAGUUCCUUGGGUGAAUGGGACAUUAGUGGGGGGUUGAGCGGCCUGCCUUCUGGAGUGGGGGCUAGUGGGCAAGGCUCAGCACUACCUGAUGGCAGUGGGGAAACAUCUGGACUGUUCAGCGCCAGUGGACAGGCUUCUGGCCAUCCUGAUGCCAGUGGGGAAGCACCUGGUCCAUUUGAUCUGAGUGGCCGGCCUUCUGGACUGCCUGAUGCCAGUGGAGACAUAUCUGGAGUCUUCUAUGGCAGUGGUCAGCCAUCUGGUGUGCCCGACAUCAGCGGAGAAGCAUCUGGAGUCUUCUAUGGCAGCGGACAGCCAUCUGGUGCUCUCGAUGUCAGCGGCGAAGCAUCUGGAGUCUUCUAUGGCAGCGGACAGCCAUCUGGUGUGCUCGAUGUCAGUGGAUAUGCAUCUAGAGUCUUCUAUGGCAGUGGACAACCAUCUGGUGUGCCCGAUGUCAGCGGAGAAAUAUCCGGAGUCUUCUAUGGCAGUGGACAGCCAUCUGGUGUGCCCGAUGUCAGUGGAGACAUAUCUGGAGUCUUCUAUGGCAGCGGGCAGCCAUCUGGUGUGCCUGACGUCAGUGGUGAAAGUUCUGGAGUCUUCUUUGGAAGUGGGCAACCUUCUGGGGUACCCGAUGUCAGUGGAGAAGCAUCUGGAGUCUUCUGUGGCAGUGGACAGCCAUCUGGAGUGUCUGAUGUCAGUGGAGACGUAUCCGGAGUCUUCUAUGGCAGCGGGCUGCCAUCAGGAGUGCCCGAUGUCAGUGGAGACAUAUCUGGAGUCUUCUUUGGUAGUGGGCAACCUUCUGGGGUACCCGAUGUCAGUGGAGAAGCAUCUGGAGUCUUCUAUGGCAGUGGACAGCCAUCUGGUGUGCCUGAUAUCAGUGGUGAAAGAUCUGGAGCCUUCUUGGGCAGUGGGCAACCCUCUGGUGUACCCGAGGUCAGCGGAGAAUCAUCUGGCGUGUUCUAUGGCAGUGGGCAGCCAACUGGCUUACCUGAUCUUGGCGAAGAAUCACCUGGAGUUCCAGAUUACAGUGAACAAUCGUCUGGGGUGCCUGAGGCCAGUGGAGAAACUGAGCUCAGUGGAGAAACAUCCGGAGUCAUCUAUGGCAGUGGGCGGCCAUCUGGGGUGGUGCCCGAUCUCAGUGGUGAAGCAUCUGGAGUGUUUGAUCUCAGUGGGCAGCCAACCAGGGUACCCGGUGCCAGUGGGGUGGGUGAUAUCAGUAGACUGAGCUCUGGCCCUGUGGAGGGCAGCGGAGAGGCUUCUGGCAUCACCUUUAUUGACACCAGUUUGGUCGAAGUGACUCCUACUUCAUUUCGGGAAAAAGAAGAAGGUUUAGGGUCCGUGGAAGUCAGCGGAUUUCCCUCCAGAGAUGUAGAGCUCUCAGGCAGCCUCUCUGGAGCAGGCGAUAUUAGUGGGCAAUCUUCUGAAACCCUGGAACUGACCUCGGGAACUCCAGAAUUGAGCGGGCAGCCUGGUGAGGUCAGCGGGGAGCCCUCGGGAGUCGAGCUGGGAAGUGGCCUCCCGUCCGGCGGGUAUGACCCCAGUGGACUUUUCCCCAGUCUUCCUACUGUCUCCCUCGUGGACAGCACACCAGUAGAAACUGUGACCCAAGCUUCCUCAGCCCAAGAGGCUGGAGGAGAGCCAUCGGGGGUUUGGGAAAUCAGUGGAACCCUCUCAGGAGAGAGGGAGAGCUCUGGAGAACUGUCUGGGGUCAUGGGGUCAGGGGUGGUGGGGGCCAGCGGGGAGCCUCCCAGUGGGCCAUAUUUCAGCGGGGACUUUUUUGGCAUCACCGAUGUGAGCGGAGAAACUUCGGCCACCACUAGCGCUAGCGGGGCAGGAUCGGGGCUUCCCGAUGUCACCUUGGUCACUGCAGAGGUCACGGAGUCAGAGGUCACCCCCACCAUUUCCCAGGAGCUCUGGGGAGGCCCCCCGGUCACCCGCUCCCCGCUCUUUGACUCCAGUGGGCAGGCCUCUGCGUCUGGCCUGGAGAGUGGGGAGAUGCCCACGUACCCUGAAAUCGGGAUGUCAGCCACUCCCAAGCCUGGGGUGGAAGCCUCCAGCCUUCUUGAGGAGAGUGGAGAGACAUCGGGUCUGUCCAGUAUCAGUGGAGAGACCCUGUUGGCUUCGGACCCAAGAGGACAGACCUCAGCAGCCCCCUGGGUGAGUGGAGAAAUGUCCACAGCUAUGGCACCUGAGGAGAGCGGAGAGCCAACCUCCUCCUAUGAAGUCAGCAAGGAGACCAGCAACGUUGUCCUGGAGGCAUCGGGGGGACAAGGGUCCAGUGGGGCCCCUGAAGUGAGCGGCGAGGUCCCCACUGGGCCCUCCCCAGUUGCCUCAGGGGCCGGACCAGAUCUGGCCAUCAGCAGCGGUGUUCCAGAGGCUGCACUGGGGCCCCCGACCCAGGGGCCUGAAGAACCUCAGUUGGAAGUCGAGGCCUCCACGGCCUUGGCCACGGGAGAAGAGACUGACCAAGCUGAGCCUCUGGAAACUGGAGCAGUCACGUCCGCCACAGACACUUCUGCCCCAUCUCAGGUGGAAGACACAGAUGAAGCAGAAUCCACUAAUGGAGACACGGACGAGUGCCACUCAAGUCCCUGUCUGAAUGGAGCCACCUGCCUGGACGGCAUCAACUGUUUCACGUGUUUAUGCCUUCCCAGCUACGGAGGGGACCUGUGCGAUAUCGACCAGGUCACCUGCGAAGAAGGCUGGACCAAGUUCCAGGGACACUGCUACCGUCACUUUGCCGACCGAGAGACCUGGGUGGAUGCGGAGAGCCGGUGCCGGGAACACCAGUCCCACCUGAGCAGUAUCGUUACCCCUGAGGAGCAGGAGUUCGUCAACAGCAAUGCUCAGGACUACCAGUGGAUUGGUCUCAAUGACAGGACCAUUGAACACGAUUUCCGCUGGUCAGAUGGGAACACCCUGCAAUUUGAGAACUGGAGACCCAACCAGCCCGACAACUUCUUUGCCACGGGGGAGGACUGCGUGGUUAUGAUCUGGCACGAGAAGGGAGAGUGGAAUGAUGUCCCCUGCAACUACCACCUGCCUUUCACGUGUAAAAAGGGCACAGUGGCCUGCAGGGAUCCCCCUUCGGUCCUGAAUGCCCGGACUCUGGGGCCAAAGAAAGAGCGGUAUGAGAUCAAUUCGCUCGUGCGAUACCAGUGCGAUGAGGGCUUCCUCCAGCGCCAUGUGCCCACAAUCCGGUGCCAGCCCAGCGGGCAGUGGGAAGAGCCCCGGAUAGCCUGCCUUGACGCUGCGACCUACAAGCGCAGACUACAAAAGCGGAGCCCACAGCCCCGCCACAGCUCUGCCCAUUAGGCGAGAACUCCCAGAUGCCCUCCACAGGACAGAAUGAGCCCAGAGACCUUUUUGGGAACCGACGACGUAUUUCACAGAGCCAAUGUCUUCUUCUUCUUCUUCUUCUUCUUGCUUUUUGUCAUAUAAGGAAUUAUAUUAAAGAGGAAAAAAUAACCCCCCGACCUUGUGUAUCUACCAAAAAAAAUACCCUACAUAAAUAAGAUUUUAUUUUUCCAAAACACUAAAGAAAAGCCAAUUAGCUUCCAGCCACUUGGUAUGACCUACCGUCUGAGACUGGGGACUUUCAUUCAAUUUCUUGUUGUGCCUUUUGGGGGAGGUCGGGCAGGGGGCCAGGGAGGAGAGGCAAAGGGGUGGGGUUAAGUUAAAUAAAGAAGAUUAUUUUUUGUUUCCUGAUUUUACCCAAGAGCAAUGUAAUUAUUUGUUAUUUAAUCUCCGGUAUGAGUGGGAGGAGAGACAGGGGAGGAGGUGGCACUGGAGAACUGGUUGUGAUCUGGUUGUGAACUGGAGAUGAAUGUACUGGAAGUGAAGGAGGGGAUGGGGGAGGGGGUCUGUGAGUGAGGGAAAUGGGGUGCAGGGGGAGGGGCCGGGGAUGGGGGUAGGAGGUGCAUGGGGAGCGAGAGGGAAGGAGAGAGUUGGAAGGGAAACACAAAGGAUGGUCCUCAGGGCUUUUUCCUCUGGUUUCCCCCUCUGGCCAUGUCUCUGGUUUCCUCUCGCUGCCGUCUUGCCAUCUUGGCCGCUGGCACAGCAAGGCGGGGGGCCCUUGCCCCAGGGACGGGGCACCACGCCCGGGACCGUGCAGGACACCAGAGUUCCGUGCACCUAUUUAUAUUUUUGAAAACUGAUGAUGAUGAUGAUAAUAAUAAUAAUAUUAAUAAAAUAAUUGGAAGAGUAA